AUGGAAAAACUGCUCUGUGGCAUCCUGGUGUUUGGAGUGGCUGUUGUGGUCAACGCUUGUCCGAAAUAUUGUGUCUGCCAGAACCUGUCUGAGUCACUGGGGACUCUUUGCCCUUCCAAGGGCCUCCUUUUUGUACCACCAGACAUAGACAGGAGGACUGUUGAACUCCGUCUUGGGGGCAACUUCAUUAUCAACAUCAGUAGACAGGACUUUGCCAACAUGACGGGCCUUGUUGACCUUACAUUAUCUAGGAAUACCAUCAGUUACAUACAGCCCUAUUCUUUUGCUGACCUAGAGAGCCUACGGUCCUUGCAUUUGGAUAGUAACAGGCUGCCUGACAUUGGGGAGGAUAUUUUGAGAGGCCUGAUUAAUCUUCAGCACUUGAUUAUAAACAACAACCAGCUGAGCUGCAUUUCAGAUGAAGCCUUUGAAGACUUCUUGUUCACCUUGGAAGAUCUGGAUCUUUCUUACAAUAACCUCAGAAGCAUCCCUUGGGAAUCUAUAAGGAAGAUGGUAAACUUGCACCAGAUUAGUUUAGACCAUAAUUUGAUAGAUUAUAUUACAGAGGGUACCUUUGCAGAUCUUCAGAAACUGGCCAGGUUGGAUCUAACCUCCAACAGACUUCAGAAGCUGCCUCCUGAUCCCAUAUUUGCCAGAUCCCAAACAGCUCCAUUAACCUCAACUCCAUUCUCCACACCUUUAUCUCUGAGCUUUGGUGGAAACCCUUUGCAUUGCAACUGUGAACUGAUGUGGCUGCGGCGUCUUGACAGAGAUGAUGAUAUGGAAACUUGUGCUUCUCCCCCGGGACUAAAAGGGAGGUACUUUUGGUAUGUCCGGGAAGAGGAGUUCAUUUGUGAGCCUCCCUUGAUCACACAGCACACCCACAAAUUGUUGGUUUUAGAAGGACAAACAGCCACCUUGAAGUGCAAAGCAAUUGGAGAUCCAUCUCCAGUUAUUCACUGGGUGGCACCAGAUGAUCGACUUAUUGGGAAUUCUUCAAGGACAGCUGUUUAUGACAAUGGCACCUUGGAAAUCCUGAUCACAACAUCCAAGGAUUAUGGGACAUUCACGUGCAUAGCGGCAAAUGCUGCUGGAGAGUCUACUGCAACAAUUGAGCUGUCAAUUGUCCAGCUUCCCCAUCUCAGCAAUGGAACAGGUCGGGCCGCCCCACCAAAAUCAAGGCUUUCUGACAUCACCAGCUCCAGCAAGUCAAAUCGAGGGGAAACCAAGGGGCCACCUGAAAGGGCUGUGUUGGUCUCUGAGGUUACAACUACCUCAGCUUUGGUCAAAUGGACAGUAAGCAAGUCAGCUCCAAGAGUUAAAAUGUACCAGCUACAGUAUAACUGCUCUGAUGAUGAGGUUCUAAUUUACAGGUAA